GCGCGUUCCUGCGACUUUAGUUUUAUUAUUGACACAAGCAAUAUGUCAACUGCGCAGAGGGGUGGGUAGCGUUGGCCCAUGGGUGGGUUUACCGAUAAAUCCAUGACGAGUCAUUUAAAGGAGGAUCUAAUCAGACUGACACACGGCAUAUUCUUUGGUUAAAGCUUCGCUCGGCUGUCUUCUGACCCCUGUUACAGUGCGGCAGCGGCGGAUGGCCAGCGGUGCUGAUGAUACCGGCCGGUGUGUUGACUUCAGAAGAGACACGGUGGCCUGUCACAACGCUUUUCAAUGACUUGUAGUUAAAUAAGUGGCUUUACAGUAAAAGUAAAAAUGAGCGUCGCGGUGUAUGUUAUAUCCACGGUUACCGGAUAUGUGCUCUCCUCGGCAUUACUGCUCAAGUAUCCGUCUCUGCUGCACCGGCGAAAGAGAGAAGCCUUCCGGAGCAAACACAUCUCACACCGCGGCGGAGCUGGUGAGAACUUGGAGAACACAAUGGCAGCCUUCAGGCACGCUGUUCAGCUUGGCACUGACAUGCUGGAGCUGGACUGUCAUUUGACCAAGGAUGAGCAGGUGGUGGUGUUGCAUGAUUCAAACCUGAAGCGGUCGACUGGAAUUAACGCGUACAUCUCUGAUGUGGCUUACGCUGAUCUUCCACCUUACCUUUGUAAGCUUGGGGUGACUUUCACACGGGAGUGCUACUGUGAAGGAGGAGACGACAAACGCAUGCCUCUGCUACGAGACGUGUUUGAAUCCUUCCCAAACACCCCUGUAAACAUCGACAUCAAGGUCAACAAUGACACUCUAAUCAAGAAGGUGUCCGAGCUGGUGGUCCAGUACAACAGGGAGCACCUGACCGUCUGGGGAAACUCCAGAAACGAAAUCGUUAAGAAAUGUUACAAAGAGAAUCCACAAAUCCCGAUCUUGUUCAGUUUGCCCAGAGUGCUGCUGUUGCUCGGUCUUUUCUACACGGGACUCCUGCCCUUCGUCCCGCUUAAGGAACAGUUCCUGGAGAUUCCCAUGCCUUCAAUCAUUUCCAAACUUAAAGAUCCCGAGCGUCAUAAACGAAGUCAGCGUUUCAUAACAUGGCUAGCAGACACGCUCCUCAUGAGAAAAGCAUUAUUCGAUCAUCUGACAAGCAGAGGAAUACAAGUGUAUGUCUGGGUGCUGAACGACGAGGAGGACUUCAAACGUGCCUUUGACCUUGGGGCUACAGGGAUAAUGACAGACUUUCCCACCAAGCUAAAAGAGUUCAUGGAGAAAAACAACUACACUAAAUAAGACUUGGCAGCCAAAGUAAUGAUCAAUUAGAUAUCCCGCUGAUAUUUGGCCUCUAAAUGGGCCUUUGAAUUACCCAGCAUUCUUCGAUGUUUAUGGUUAUGAGUGUAGGUGUGGCAGCUAUCAGUUUUGCGUUUAUCAGCAUCAGAGCCGUUUUAGAGCGUACAGGAUGUCUUGAAAUCCUUCUGUAGUUUAAAGUUCAUAGCAAUACACAUGAGCCAUAAAAGGUUAUGAUGAAAUAUCAGUCAUGUAGGGGUGAUGUCAUGAUCGUCAUGACGUGUCUGUGACUUUUACUCGACAGGCACUUUCAUUGUUUCAUUGACUUGCAGUUGAUUGGUUUAUUACAGUGCAUCUGUUUCUGCAAUUAUAACACUGAACUCACUAAAGAGUGUAUUGUCUAAAUGACUAGACGGAAGCUGCAUAUGUUUUUCCAAGACACUAAAAAUAAAAGUUAGUUUCAGGGGGGUGUACCGUGGAAUUGUUGAGAGACCAAUAAUAAGAAAAUAUUAGAGAUUUUUACAUUUAUUGUCAUGUGUAUAUUUUGUUUUGUACAUUUGUUUCUUUGUCAAUUUUAUGACGAGUUGUGGCUUAAAAGAUGCUGAACUACUGCUUGAACCUUUAUAUUUAGUUUAAUACAUGACCAGUCAGAAUUUUGACACACCAACUCAACUAUGUCAACAUAACAUCUUUAUAAUAUUACAGUAAUCAAAAUAAAAUAAAAUAAAACUUUAAUUUAAUACCAUUAAAAACAUGUUAUACAAGUGAAAUUGCAUGUUAUACCUAUUGCAUUGUAAGGUAUGCAAUGAAAUUGCUUUGCAUUUCUUACAAUGCAACCUGUUUGUAAUUGUAAGAAAUGGUUUUUAAAUUGCUUUAAAACCUAUUUCUGCUUUUCCUUUAAUAUCCACUCCAACUCAUCCAUAUAUAAUAAUCAAAAUACAUAUAGGUACAAUUAGUGAACAAAAUUAUGCAUAGGGACAUUUUUGUUUGUCUUUAAAACCAAUUUAAUGUAUUUAAGCAAUAGCGUUUAGAUCAAAAGGUUUUGUGAUCAUGAAAAACAAUGUCAGUCAAGUGUGUCCAAGCUCUUGACUGGUUGUGUAUAUUGUACACUUGAUGAAUGAAGUCGUGGUGGAGUGUAACUGGGUCACAAACAAGUGUAGCAUGUAGGGGUCAUGUGACAUUUGAUUGUUCUUUUGCAAUAACAGGAAAAGAUUUUAACUUAAAAAUGUUGGUGGUUUUGUUGUAUUGAAAGGGAAAGGUAAACAGAAACAUUUUCUCACUUUUUUAAGGAUUUCCUAUGAAAAACAGAUGGCAUUCAAAAUUGGCAUGACAUUAACUCGCUCCUGAAUAGAGGUGAUCUUAAGACUUUGGAUAAUCAAGCAUGAGUGGAGUUUAGAUGUUCCCCAUCUUUUGUGAAGUGUAUAUGGAUACAGUAACUUUGUGCUGUGUUUAGUUUUGUCUAAACUGUGUUUAGUUUAAAUGUAAAUGAUAGUCCUGUUAUUCAAAGAUGAGUUAUUAUAGAGAGAAGAGAUUUGCUAUCAGCAGCACAGUUCUGUUUAUAUUUGUGAAUAUACAUGCCAUUAAAUCUAUUUUAUAAAUUCA